AUUGAACGAUCUAAAGACAGAAGGCACGUUAUCUUUCUCAGACCAGCCAAAAUUUCUUUACAACCGGUCUAAUAUCGACGUCCGUCUGUAUCGAGCGCACUGUUCGUCGCAAAGAUGGCAAAACUAGGAGAAGGAGAUCCAAGAUGGCUUGUAACGAACCGCGAGGAUGGGAAGAACGUGAACAACUGGCACUGGAGCGAACAGAGUUUGUACCCAUGGAUGAAAGAUAAGCUUACAUCGAUGUUCGAAAAAAAAGGCAUCGCCGAAGAUGACGAGUGCAAAGUCUGGAUAAACUGCCUAGACAGUCUGACGGGUGAAGUCUUUAUGAGCAAUCGAAAGGGGAAAAGGAAAUUUUUGUGGGACUUGAACAUGAAGCUGGAGUGGUGCGGAAAAAUGAAGAUGCGUCGAGCGAGCGACGAAUCUGGUGAAGAAGACCAAAACAAGAGGACCGUCAAGGGAAAAAUCGAAUGUUCAAACAUAACGGUGAUGGACGACGAUUUUGAUGUAAAAAUAACAAUAGACGAUAAAGAACGCGACGCUGACGGACUCAAGCUUCAUUCGCUGGCGAAAAAAUCUACGGAUAUAGUUAGAUCUGUCUUCAAGUGCGCCGUUGAGGAAAUGAUAUCCAGUCACCAGGUGUCAGAUCCUCAACGCGCUGCCGAAACAACCACUGACUCCAAAGAUAGCUCAAAGCGCAUCUUGUCUAGUCCAGCUGUCCAAGAAACAGACAAAAAACGUCACACCUGAAUUUUCGAGCUUCAGUCAAGUCAUCAAAUUUAAUGCUCCUUCGCAAGUCUUGUACGAAACCCUGUUAGACCCUCAGAGGGUCUCUGCAUUCACGAGGAGCGCUGCAUUCAUUUCCGAUAAAGUAGGCACCGAAUUCAGCCUGUUCAGCGGAAACGUGGUCGGCGUCAUUCAAGAACUCGUUCCCGGAUCGAAAAUCGUUCAAAAAUGGAGGUUCUCAGAUUGGCCCAGCGGACACUAUAGCCUGGUCUCCAUCGACAUCAAAACCGUCGAUGGCAAAUACUCCGAAGUCACUCUAUCUCAAUCUGAUAUUCCAAAUUCCGAUCUGUCCAGAACGUGCAGUGGAUGGAGAACACAUUUCUGGAGACCUAUUCAUAGCGUGUUCGGAUGGAACAUAGAAAUGAUCAAAUAAAACAAAACACACAUUCCCCCUUUAUA